CCGGGUUGUUAGUCAGUUUGUUGCAUGCAGCUGUGAAACACAGUCAUGGACCGCAUCAAGUUUAAGGUCAAUGGGGUCGAGUAUUCAGUGGGCAAUGAUAUCAGUUCCGACGUGAUGCUGCUAGACUACCUUCGCAGCCGACUUCAGCUGCGUGGAACUAAGUAUAUGUGUCGUGAAGGUGGCUGCGGAGCUUGCAUGGUGACUGCCUCCAAGAGUUUAGGAGCUCCUCAUGCUGCUGUUAACUCUUGUUUGGUAUCAAUCGGGUCUUGCGAUGGCUGGGAUAUCACGACAAUCGAAGGUUUGGGGAACAGAAAGAUUGGGUACCAUCCUAUACAGAAGACGUUGGCUGAACACAAUGGAUCCCAAUGUGGAUACUGUACUUCUGGAUGGGUCAUGUCUAUGCAUGGGCUCUUGGAAACUAAGAAGAAUGUCACAAUGCUAGAAGUAGAAAAGUCUUUCGGCAGCAAUAUAUGCCGCUGUACAGGGUACAGACCUAUCCUAGAGGCCUUCAAGAGAUUCGCAACAGAUACUCCAAUAGAACGAAGAAUCAUGGAUAUAGAAGACUUGCAGAUUUGCAGGAAAUCAGGAAGGCAAUGCAAUAAGUCUGCUUGUGAUGAUGCUGAUGACUGGUGUUUUGUACAAAAUGAUGACUUUUAUGAAGUCAAGGUGAAGAGAAUCGAACUCACAGAUGGUAAAAUUUGGUUCAAGCCUAGGGUGCUUCAAGAUGUUUUAGAUAUUUUGAAAAUAGAAGGACUGAGUUCGUACAUGUUAGUGGGUGGGAAUACGGCUAAAGGAGCGGUUCCCAUUUCUGAUUAUCCUCGUGUCCUGAUUGAUAUCAGUAGUCUUCAAGAGCUAAAAACUAUGACAUAUGACCAGAACCUCAUUGUCGGUGCUGGAAUGACACUGACAGAGUUCAUGGAAGUUCUGAAGACAGCAUCUGAAACGGAAUUCUUUGGCUAUUUGGCUAAGAUCUAUAGUCAUGUGGAUUUGGUAGCUCAUAUACCUGUUAGAAAUGUGGGCACUAUCGCUGGGAACUUAAUGAUCAAACACCAAACCACAUCCUUCCCAUCUGAUAUAUUCUUGCUAUUAACUACCGUUGAUGCUCAGUUAACGAUCAUGGACAUCAAUGGAACCUCACAAACGGUUACUAUGGAAGCUUUCUUAAAACUAGAUAUGGCAGGAAAAGUAGUAGUGAAUGUGAUGUUACCGCCAUUAAGUAACGAAUACAAAUUCUUUUCGUACAAGCUUAUGCCAAGAGCCCAAAGUACUCACGCAAUAGUCAACAUAGGGUGCCUCUACAAAGUUGAUGCAACUAACGUAGUUCAAAGAGCAAGAAUAGUUUAUGGUGGUCUUUCUUCUAAUUUUGUUCGAGCAAUAGCUACUGAAACUUUUCUUGUAGGAAAGUCUUUAUUUACAAAUGAAACUCUGCAAGCAGCUCUGAAAGUGUUAGAUGGAGAGAUGAUAGUUGAGUCAAAUCCACCAGAACCUUCUGUGGAGUACAGAAGAUUUGUUGCUAAAGCAUUGUUUUAUAAGAGUCUGUUAACACUUUGUCCACCAAACAUAAUAAACACACGAUAUGCUUCUGGAGCUGGAAAUCUGCAUGAAUCUAGACCCGUUUCAGAUGCAAAACAAACCUUCACUAGCGAUCCUGCGAUUUGGCCGUUGAACCAACCUAUUGCUAAAGUGGAAUCUCUGAUCCAAUGUGCCGGGGAAGCUCAGUACACUGAUGAUAUUCCGACAAUGCCUAAUGAAGUAUUUGGUGCUUUCGUCCUCAGCACAGUAGCCCUAGGUACCAUUGUCAAAAUUGAUGCGAGUGCUGCAUUGUCUUCUCCUGGAGUAAUAGCCUUCUACACAGCAAAAGACAUACCAGGAUUAAAUUCCUUCACACCAGCUGACAGCAUAUAUUUCUCAGCCAACGAAGAGGUUCUAUGCAGUGGAUCUGUCAAGUAUUAUCAUCAGCCACUAGGAAUAGUUGUGGCAAAUUCACAACACAUUGCUAUUAGAGCCACCAGCUUAGUCAAAGUUACUUAUAGUAAUGUUAAACAGCCGGUUAUAGAUAUCAAAGUAGCUAAAACUGAUGCAACUAGAUCCACUUUAGUAUCAUCAAUAGAUGCAACGAGUACUGGUACAGAUGUUUAUAAGACAAUGUCUGGAAGCAACACAUUUUAUGGGCAGUAUCCCUUUACUAUGGAGACUUUGCUUUGUGUAGCAAAACCUACAGAAGAAGGUAUUGAAGUGCAUUCUACAACACAGUGGCUGGAUGCAACACACGUCAUGAUAUCGAGGGCUUUGAAUAUGGAUGAAAAUAAAAUUGAUUGCUAUGUACGACGUCUUGGUGGUGGGUAUGGCAUGAAAGUGUCCCGCAGCAUCCAAUCGGCUGUAGCCUGCAGUCUUAUUGUGCAAAAGUUAAACCUUCCUUGUCGGUUUAUUCAACCCUUGACCACCAACUUCAGAGCCGUUGGCAAGAGAUUGCCUAGUCAUAACGAUUAUGAGGUCUCCGUUAAUAAGUCAGGAGUAAUCCAGAGCUUAAACACGAUAAUUUACGAAGACAACGGAUACAAAGUCAGUGAAACCUUGACUGCUCUUACUGCUGACGUAUACUACAACUGCUACAUUGCUACUGCCAUGAACUUUAAAUCAUAUGACAUAACUACUGAUACACAUAAAAAUACGUGGUGCAGAUCGCCAAUUACUUUAGAGACUAUAGCUUAUAUGGAAUAUAUAAUGGAGCGGAUAUCUUAUGAACUCUCUUUGGACCCACUAGCUGUGCGUUUAGCUAAUCUGGACACAACCAACUUUAAUGAAAUGACUGAAAUGGUGGACACGCUCAAAACCAAUGCUGAAUACAGUACAAGAAGAGCUGCAGUAAAUACCUUUAAUACACAGAAUAGAUGGAAGAAACGAGGAUUAAGAUGGGCGUUUGCAAGGUGGUUGUGUUCAGGGGGAAAACGCUUUGACCUGAAUCUGUCAGUAUAUCACGGAGAUGGAACUGUUGUAUUGACUCACGCUGGUAUUGAAAUGGGACAAGGUAUCAAUACCAAAGCUGUACAAAUAACUGCGUACCUUUUAAAAAUACCUGUUGAAAAGAUUCAAGUCAAAGGAAACAAUACUAUUAUUGCUCCUAAUACUUUAGUAUCUGGAGGGAGUCUUACAACUCAGGGUGUUAUAAUAGCUUUGAAGAGAUGUUGUGAAGAACUGAAUGCAAGGUUAGAUCCUAUAAGAGCAACACUGACUAAUCCUACAUGGGAAGAGUUAAUUACUGCAGCAUAUAAUGCUGAUGUAGACCUUCAAGUUCAUGGAUUUACUAGUUUGAGUGAUGCACAGACAUACAAUGUGUAUGGCAUGGCAUUAUGUGAAGUUGAAAUAGAUGUGUUAACAGGAGAACAUGAGAUUUUGAGAGUAGAUAUGUUGCAAGAUGUGGGUUUAAGUAUCAGCCCAGAAAUAGAUGUGGGACAGGUGGAAGGUGCCUUCAUAAUGGGACUUGGAUACUGGACCUGUGAAAAGCUGGUUUUUGCUGACACUGGUGAAAUUCUAACCAACAGGACUUGGGAUUAUCAUGUACCUGAGGCAAGAGAUAUACCUCAAGAUUUCAGGGUAUAUUUAAAGAAGAACUCCUAUAGUAAUGACGUUAUACUUAGUUCUAAAGCUAUUGGAGAGCCAGCAAUGUGUUCAACAGUGGUGGUACCAUUUGCGAUCAGAGAAGCCAUAGUACAAGCUAGACAGGAAUCUGGAAUCUCAACCACACAGUGGUAUGAUCAAGAUGGUCCAUGUUCAACUGAAAAUAUUUGUAUGGCAGCCCAAACGAAAACUGAAGAUUUUAAAUUUUAUUAAUCAUAAAACUAGAUCAAUAUUCCUAGGUAUGAGAAAAGUAUUAAAAAUGAACUUUAUGGGACCAUCAAAAUAUAUGCUUGCUGCAGUGGCUGAAAGACUGGCUACCACAAUGCUUUUAGUAGUCAAUUUUCGUAUGAGAUAACUAAAAUUAUUUCAUGUUUAUAUGUGCGAACUUUUUGAUAAAAAUAAUUAUAAAGUUUGAAGUCUGUCCCAGUUAAUUUUAGGUACAACUAAUGAUAAAAUAUUUCUAUACGAGCUUAGCAAGAAUAUGGCACUGCUAUCAUUUUUGCAUGUAAAAUGAAUAUUUAUAUGAAAUAAAUUAUAAUAAUGCUGUUUUGUGA